ACACUAGAAUUUAAGCAUGUCUGGUGAAGAGGGUACCAGGUUACUAGUCCCUUAAGCCCACUGUCCCCUUCCAGUGUCCAGAUAACUGAGGCCCCAGUACGCUUCUCUAUAAUACAUUUUGACACUCGAAGAAACAGAUUCGAAGGUCCAGGUGGAAAUGACUCCCCGUGAGGAGGAGGACCUGCCUAUUAUGAAGGUUGUUCCUGGUGUAUAGGAAACAGUGUCACCCUCUGUGGGGCUGCUGCCCUGAGACUGGCCCAGCCCCAGCCCUAUUCUUCAAACCCACAUCUGCUGUAUGCACCUCACAGCCGGGAUUCCAGCUUGAUUGAUGCGGAGGCAAGAGCUAUCGUGGGCCACUGAAGAAGGAAACUGAGAGAUCAGCGUGUACACAGACGGUGGAACCGGGGCCAUGAGUGUGGAGAUUCGGCAGGCCACCCCAUCAUGGUCACUGUCCUGGUAUAUCCAGAAGUACAUGUCAUGGAUUCUGAGGAUUAGGAAAGAGAGAACGGAAGUUGGUUGCUGCAUCCCAGAUGAAGACGUUCCUCAGAGGAAGAGACACUUUGUCUAUGGGACACGGACCCGUUUGUGGCCACCCAGCAGGGUGGAGUCCACAGAUCCCAAUGACGAUUCCAACAGGGUCAUCAUGGAGGUAGUCCCCUGUGUCAGCUCAGAAGAGCAAGAGCAAGAGGAAGAGGAAGAAGAAGAGUCUGUUGGGAAGGUGGAAUCCUUGGACAAAGAGAAUGUCAUCCUGGAGAGCUCAGGGGAUCCCUUCCAUUGUCAUAGAAGAUCAGAAGAAUCCAUCGAAUACCCGAGUUGGAUUGUCCAGAGGCAGUGGGACUGGAGUAGCGAUGAGGAAGAUUGUGAGGGCUACUCCAUCUCCGUCACCGCCCUAGUGCACGCUGAAACAUGCUGGUCUGACACCCCAGAGGAGGAGGAGAAGGCAGAAGCAGCCGUUAGUUCCCAGGAUGAUGCCAGCAAGGAGGAUGAACCUGUAGCCACCAAGAUGGCGGAAGCGGCUGCUCUCUGAUCGCUUCCCCUUCCAGCAACGGGCUCCUCUCACAGUUCACAUUUAGAAUUUUUGCACAUUUGCAACUUUUUACUGUUACGAAUAUUGUGUUUUUACGUAGUUCAGAUUUAGAUAUUUUGGCACGUUUGCAACUUUUUACCAUUAUACUCUGUUUCUAACGUUCACUAUUUAAGAUUGUAAAUAGGUUUCUCCUACAUUGGUACAUAUUGUAUAGUAAAAGAAAAUUGACUCUCCCGCCAGUCUGGAGUAAGACCUUUUCCUGUAACGUAAGCACUUCUAGAAGAAACCCCUAAAGAGGAGUUGAUUUUCGACAUACUUACCCACAGCCACUCCCUCAACCCGGGCCCUGUGUCAUAACCGCCCAGUGGGCACUUGUCACCUGUCUCAUGUCGCUGUUGCUCUAGACACUUUGGUGACAGGAGUCAGUUUGUCCCUCCUUCUGGAAGGCGUCACGGCAGCAGUAUGACCCAAGGUUGUCCGUGAUCACUCAGAUGUCAGCCCUUCACACCUCCGAGCCAGCAUGCUGGUAUAGAGUCCACACUCCCUGUGCCCUCCCUGAGGCUCGUCAGUGCGCUGCUCCGUUUCCAUCGGGAAGGCUCUACUUCCGCUCUCUCCCCUGUUCUGUUACCAUCGUGGAAGCCCGGCUUAUUCCUUUGCCCUGGAGUCCAGGGUCUCCCAAGAAUACACUGUGAUCCGGCAGCUCCAGUCAGCACCCAGUGUGUCCUAGAAACAUAGAUUGUCAGCAAUGACUGCCACCCUUAGGAAACAUGUGGAAAAAUAAAAUAAUUAUUAGUGAAGUUACGUUGAAAUGUUUUUACUAUCAGCUCUUUUGUAGAAAAUCUUAGUAAACAAUUUAAAGUUCAGAAAGGCACAUUAUUUUUGGUUUUGUUUUUUUGAUUUUUCGAGACAGGGUUUCUCUGUGUAGCCCUGGCUGUCCUGGAACUCACUCUGUAGACCAGGCUGGCCUCAAACUCAGAAAUCCACCUGCCUCUGCCUCCCAAGUGCUGGGAUUAAA